UUGAUUGAACAAGGUAAAACAGCAUUAGCUUUUAGCGCUAGCAUUACCAUGGCCUCCGCCGCAAGCUUCUUGCACCACCAUGCACUCACUACCACCGCCGGCAGAUCAUCCUCAUUAUCACCUUCGCUCCGCCUAGUUCCGAAGCCUAACAACCAGCUAGUGUGCAGGGCUCAGAAACAGGCCGCCGGACAAGACGAUGAUGAAAGCCAUGUCUCCCGUAGGUUGGCUCUCACCGUCCUCAUCGGUGCCGCCGCUGUCGCCUCUAAGGUUUCUCCUGCUGAUGCUGCCUAUGGUGAAGCUGCAAAUGUGUUCGGGAAGCCAAAAACAAAUACGGAUUUCACGGCGUACAAUGGGGAUGGAUUCAAGCUGUCGAUACCAUCGAAAUGGAACCCGAGCAAAGAGGUGGAGUACCCAGGGCAAGUGCUGAGAUACGAGGACAACUUCGACACGACCAGCAAUUUGACAGUCAUGGUCACUCCCACCGACAAGAAGUCCAUCACCGACUACGGUUCCCCUGAGGAUUUCCUCGGCACGGUGGACUAUCUGCUUGGAAAGCAAGCAUACUUCGGUAAAACCGAUGCUGAGGGUGGUUUUGACUCCGGUGCGGUGGCGACUGCAAACGUAUUGGAGAGCUCAACCUCGACAGUGGGUGGGAAGCCAUAUUACUUCUUGUCGGUGUUGACAAGAACCGCCGACGGAGACGAAGGUGGGAAGCACCAAUUGAUAACGGCCACCGUCAACAACGGUAAGCUUUACAUCUGCAAGGCACAAGCCGGAGACAAAAGGUGGUUUAAGGGAGCUAGAAAGUUCGUCGAGAGCGCUGCCACUUCCUUCAGCGUUGCUUAAAACCAAGUUUUCUAAAAUAAAAAAAAAUGGAGAGAGGUUUUUAUGUAAAUCUUCUUAAUUUAUUACAAGUUAUGAUUUUGUGGGAUAUUGAACUAAUUUGUCUGCUAUAAUAUCCACUCCC